AUGCAUCGUCGCUCAUCGUCAUCAUCCGCAGUGACACUGUCGCUCGCUGCAGCAGUGAUGAUGCUCGCAGUGAUGAUGAUCGUUCUCUGUGCUGAUGCUGCUUCAACGCAAGCCAAAGUCAUCCGCGGCGCUGCUCCUGCGAGUCGGCCGCUGUACCGCGCGGCAGCCAAGUCCGGAUCAUUCACUUGCGUCGAUGGCUCAAAGACCAUCCCGUUCGCUGCCAUCAACGACGACUAUUGCGAUUGCCCAGAUGGCAGUGACGAGCCAGGAACAUCCGCUUGCCCGCGAGGAUCGUUCUACUGCCCAAACAAGCGCUUUGUGCCCACCGUUUUGCCGUCCUCUCGAGUCAACGAUGGCGUUUGCGAUUGCUGCGAUGGUACCGACGAGCUCGGCCGCAAAGAGUCGGACUGUGACAACACUUGCGAGGAAGCGGGCGAAAGUCUGCGCCUGGAGAAUGAGCAGAAGUUGCUCUCACAUCAGCAGGGUAUGCGCGUCCGCUUUGAGCACAUCAAGCGAGGAUUGACCGCUCGCAAGGAGCGCACCGCAAAGUUGCGCGAACUGAAGGCAACCCUGGCCACCGAGAAGGCUGAGGAUGAACGCCUGAAGGCAAUCAAGGAUGAGGCCGAUGCUCUCGAAAAGCCCGCAAAGGAAGCACACAUCAACGCUUGGAACGCGGUCAAGGAAGCUCGCCGUCUGGAGCGUGAAGCCAAGAAGGCUGAGGAAGAUGCCGCCGCCGCUGCUGCUGCUGCCCCUGAAGCCGCCAGUGGAGAACCCACCGCAACUGAGCCUGCAGUCGAUGAGAAGCCCGAAGUGAAGGCGGAACCCGAAGAACCGAUGCCGCCAUUCCCUGAAGAUGUCCAGGCUUUGAUCGACGCUGCCAACCGCGCUCAAACUGAAUGGGCUGCUCUUCAUGAUCGUGCCACCGCCACCGAGCGCGAGGUCAAUGCAUUGGAUGCCAAGCUUAACACGGACCUUGGUCCCGAGCAAGAGUUCUUUGUGCUUCAAGACGAAUGCUUUUCUUUCAAGACGAACGAAUACCAAUACGAGGUAUGUCCAUUCGUUUCCGCAAAGCAAAAGCAGAAUGAUCGCGCGACCAGUCUGGGCUCCUGGACUGGAUGGUCAGGAUCUGGUAACAAGUAUUCUCAGAUGAAAUUCGAGAAUGGUGAAAAGUGCUGGAAUGGCCCUAACCGAUCCGCAACUGUCAACCUUAAGUGCGGAGACAAGAAUGCACUGAUCUCGGUCGCCGAACCCAGCAAGUGCGAAUACGUGCUCGAGUUCACUUCUCCGGCCGCUUGCGACCCCAACUUUAAGCUUGAGCAGGUCGAAGACGACAUUGAGGGUCACGAUGAGUUGUAG